AUGAUGUUCAAGAACCUUACCGUCAGAGGAUGCAUGGCCAUCUGCAUCUUCCUUACAGUUCAGAGCGUGAAAGCCGUUGAGAUGGAAGAUAUGACUCUCGUCGCAGAAGGACAGCCUACUGUUACCGUCACGGUUGUUGCUCCCGCAGUGCCAACUACACCCAUGGACCCGUCCUAUAUUGACCCCACAAUCUUCAAGAAAGAAAUGCUUGAUGUUUCAAAUGACUAUCGCCAGCAACACAGUGCCAAACCACUCGUAUGGAACGAUACCUUGGCAGAAUACUCCAAGAAAUGGGCCGAGAGUUGCGACUUCGUUCACUCACAUGGCCCCUACGGCGAGAACCUCGCCUACGGCUUCAAUACCAGCGACGCCGCAGUCAAAGCCUGGGGCGACGAACGCGAAUUCUACAACUUCACCCUGCCCACCGGUUUCGCCAAAGCAACAGGUCACUUCACGCAGCUGGUCUGGAAAGCCUCACGCCAAGUCGGAUGUGCCGCUGUAGACUGCGGAUAUACCGUGAAGAAGAAGACAGUCGAAGGGAAGAGAAACCUCGAACCAGAUUUCGGUCCCGACUCUGUUUCUCAGGAGCCCUAUGACUUUGAAGAUCUGGAUCUGGCCAAGCGUGAUGGUGAAGAGAAGCCACGCGCACAGGGUUGGUAUUUGGUCUGCGAGUAUGAGCCCUAUGGGAAUAUUUAUGGAGACAACAAUAAGUCGUUUAAGAAGAAUGUUCUUCCGCAGAAGGUGGAGACUACUACGACAACUGCUUCGUCGACUAGUACUGCUGUGGGUGCUGAGCCUUCGAAGAAUGCGGCUACGUCUACUACUUCGCCUCUUUCUUUGCACACUGGUGGUGCUUUUAAGGCAGGGCUUGGUUCGACGGCUGGUUUGCUGGUUGUGUCUAUGGGGACGGUUUGCGUUGGGAUGGGAUUGUAUGCUUGA